AUGCCACCCAAAGAGGAGAAAGUGUUGGGAGACCGGCUUGUCCAGCGCAAUGGAUUGCUGGCAAUUCGUGAUGCUUUGGAGAAGUUUAUCAUUCGGUACGAUCCUGCACGUGAUGCUUUUCAGUUGAGUGUUCGUAUAGAGUCGCUGGAUAGGGCUUAUGCGCAGUUCAUGGAGGCGCAGGAUGCAAUUGAAAGACUGGACAAGGAGGAGUUUCUGGCAUCACACCUGGCGGAACGUGUCGAUUUCGAGCAGCGAUACUGCGCAGCGAAAGGCUUUCUACUCUCCAAGGUUCCUGUAGAAGCGAACAACUCAGCUUUGAACACAUCCAUGAUGGCAAAUCAACACACUUUCUCGACAGGAUUCCACCUCCGUCUUCCAAAGAUCGACCUACCGAGAUUUGAUGGCGAUUUCUCACGUUGGUUGUCAUUUCGAGACACCUUUACGUCCAUGGUUCAUUCCAAUGGGGACAUACCAACGGUCGCCAAGCUUCAGUACCUUCUACAAUCGCUUGAAGGGGACGCAAAGAAGCCGUUCGAAUCAGUUGACGUCGAAGCCGACAACUAUGCAUCAACAUGGGACGCCCUACACAAAAGGUACGACAAUCGUCGUUUUCUCAAACGUCAGCUGUUUAGGACACUCUACGAGCUGCCAGCGGUCAAGCAGGAAUCUGCUAAGCGCAUCCACAGUCUGGUCGACGAUUUUCAGCGCCAUGUACGGGCGUUGGCGAAAUUGGAUGAACCUGUGGAGCAUUGGGAUACGCCGCUGGUGAACAUGCUGUCGUACAAGCUGGACCAAUCCACAUUGCGAGCAUGGGAGGAGAAAACAAGUAGCCAGGACGAUGUCAAGUACGAGGAACUGGUUGAGUUCCUGUACCAGCGGGUACGCGUCCUCAAUUCUGUCGGGCCAGACACGCAGCAACCGGCACCUCCAAAGGUGGCCGGCCCCCCGAGUUGGAAGGGCACGAAGGUGAAGUUCGCAGCUAACGCAGCUGCUACGCCCAACCAAGAUUCUCCAUGUCAGUUAGCAUGUUCAGACAGCCACUCCCUCCGCAACUGCCCAGUGUUCCUAGGAAAGGAUGUCCGCCAGCGCCGAGAGCUGGUUUCGCAAAAACGGUUGUGUUGGAACUGUCUGAGCUUCGGUCACCCAGCCAGGAAGUGUGUAUCGAAGUUUACGUGUCGUACGUGCCACGAAAGACAUCAUUCCCUAUUACACGAUUCCUCUCCAUCCAGGGUGUCGUCGAGUCCUGCCAUUACGGGAUCAUCACAACAAUCUCCACCGGUUCAACAGCCGCAUUCGUCCAGUUCGGGUUCUGCUCCACCGCAGGUCAGCAUGGCGGUCCAAACCGCAUGCAGUAUGGUUCUACUGGAAACGGUUGUUCUCAACGUUGUUGAUGAUCAUGGCAGGGAACACAAGGCUCGUGCUCUACUCGACUCGGCGUCAAUGUCCAAUUUCAUCUCCGGUCAGUUAGCGAAGGUUCUCCUCAGCCGUCGCACCAAGGUGGACAUUUCGGUCGCAGGAAUCGGUCUCUCAACGCAAAGGGUGAAAAAUGCCAUCACCGCCUCCAUUGAAUCGAGAACUCAGCCAUUCUCCACUAAGCUCGAGUUUCUCAUUCUGAAGCAGCCAUCCGCAGAGCUGCCGACCAUGCCGGUCGAUACGUCGGCGUGGAAAUUCCCGCAGGUUGGAUUAGCAGAUCCACAGUUCCACGUCCCAGGAAGGAUUGACCUCGUCAUCGGAAGUGAGGCCUUCUGGGAACUUCGCACCGGUAGGAAGAUCUCGCUCGGUAACGGUCUUCCGUGGGUAGUCGAAACACCAUUCGGAUGGGCGGUCUCUGGUUCCGCGUCCAAUGGAUCUACCUGCAUUCCCCGGAUCUGCAAUCUCUCCAUUACCAAUGAAGAUUUGGAAGCCGCACUUCAGAAGUUUUGGGAGUUAGAAGCGAUUUCCACUGGGCCUGCACACUCACCCGAAGAAAAUCGCUGUGAAGAGUUAUACUCCAGUACAGUCAAGCGUGAUUCGACUGGAAGGUACGUCGUACGUCUUCCUCACAACGAAGAUCCAGAAGUCUUCCUGGGGGCCUCUAGAGCCAUCGCAGAACGCCGUUUUUACAGUCUGGAGCGCCGUUUGCAACGAGAUCCUGCAAUCAAGGAAUCGUAUCAUCGUUUCAUGGACGAGUACCUACAGCUCGGUCACAUGAGAAGGCUUGACGAGCCUGUAGAUGACGUGAAGUCUCACUGUUAUCUCCCACAUCAUCCCGUGUUCAAGGAGUCGAGCACUACUACGAAAGUUAGGGUCGUUUUCGACGCGUCCUGCAAGACGGCGUCAGGAUAUUCGCUAAACGACACGCUGUUGGUCGGACCCGUAGUUCAGCAAGAUCUACUCUCCAUCGUGAUGAGAUUUCGGACACAUCACGUCGCUCUGGUUGCGGACAUCGAGAAGAUGUACCGGCAAGUAUUCGUGCAUCCUGAAGAUCAGCCGUUUCAGCGAAUUCUUUGGCGCACGGGCCCUGAUGAACCCAUCGCUACGUACGAACUGCAGACAGUAACGUACGGAACAGCGAGCGCUCCGUACCUAGCAACGCGUACUCUGCAGCAGAUUGCACAGGAUACCAAGCAGUCGUAUCCAAUCGCGAGUGGACCAGUUACGGAAGACUUCUACGUCGACGAUUUUCUUUCUGGGGCGCCGGACGUAGAAUCCGCCAUUAAAGCUGCGUCGUGA